GGACCCCACAUGCCAGAGUAAACAGUGACAUUGAAUUGAAACUCAACUGCUUCUUCUGAUUCUCCAUAUCUACCUUCCAAUCCGUCUUUUCUGGUGUUUUUUAAGGAAUGUAAAUAAAAAUAUACUCAUUCAUCACUUCCUCACUAUUGCCGUUUUUAUCCCUUUUCGCCUUCCUGUAUUUGCGUAUGAUCCAAGUACCCCCCUUUUCACUCUUUGCACUCAAAAAGUUAUUCCCAGGAUCACACACACAUUAACAAAGAGAAAAAAAUAGAAAGACAGAGAGAGAGAGAGUUAUUACUGUGUGAUGGACUAUGUUUAUAUAGGGAAUCAGAAAGUGUACUUGAACUGGGGUUCAUCUGAUUCCUUUGUCUCUGCUGAUUCAUAAUCUCUUUCAGUAUCAGAUGGUGGGGUUGGUGGAAGGUGUUUCUUUUAUGCAUGUGGAAUAAUUUGAAUUUCUCUUGAAGCAAUUCAAUUUGAGUCCAUUAGUUAUCAAGCCACAAAGGGCGUUGCUUUAAGGGAAAAAAGACAAAAAAGAAAGCAUAUUGGGUGCUGCGGAGCUGAAGAUUUUUGAGCUUACUAGAAGAGGUUUUGCCAACCUGCAGCAAAUAAUAUUGCAUGGGUUGGUUUACUAAAUUGCUUAAGGGAUCCAAUCGUAAAUAUUCUGGAGGAAAGUAUCAUGGGAAAUAUGGCGAUGGCAGAAUUUCCGACAAUCAUGAUAAUUCAGCGGAUGAUUUGACGGAUAUUGAGAAAGAAGAAAUUGAUCGCGCAAUAGCACUCUCUCUUUCAGAGGCAGAUCCGAAAGGGAAAAAAGUUAUUGAGGAUGAUUCUGAAUCUGAAGAUGAUGAACUGUGUCCACUUGAUGAUGAGGAAGAUGAAUGUGUUGGUGAAGUUCAGGAAGAUGAAGAUGACCAUCAUGCUAAAAUUCAACAGGAUGAAGACAAACAUCUUGAUGAAGUUCAACUUGAGGAAGAUGAACAACUUGCCAGGGCAAUUCAAGAAAGUUUGACCAUUAGUUCUCCUCCUCGAUCUGACACUGAUUCCUUAUUUCAACCUUUUGCGCACUUAUUCCCACCUGUAUACAGAAUCUGUGCUGGCUGCAAUGCCGAGAUUGGCAAUGGAAGAUUUUUGAGUUGCAUGGGAGGUUUCUGGCAUCCAGAAUGUUUUUGUUGCCAUGCUUGCAAACUUCCAAUCACUGAUUAUGAGUUUUCCAUGUCUGGAAAUCGCCGUUAUCAUAAAUCAUGCUAUAAGGAGUUGCAUCAUCCGAGAUGCGAUGUUUGCAAGAACUUUAUCCCACCAAAUUCAGCUGGCCUCAUUGAGUAUAGAGCACAUCCUUUCUGGCUACAAAAAUAUUGUCCAUCGCAUGAGCGUGAUGGCACUCCUCGUUGUUGUAGCUGUCAAAGAAUGGAGUCAGUGGAUGCCAAAUAUUUGUUGCUUGAUGAUGGUCGAAAGCUGUGUCUGGAGUGUCUUGACUCAGCUAUCAUGGAUACUCAUGAAUGCCAACCCCUCUAUGUCGAAAUACAAGAAUUUUAUGAAGGCUUACAUAUGAAGAUAGAGCAGCAAGUUCCUAUGCUUUUGGUUGAGAGACAGGCGCUGAAUGAGGCCAUGGAGGGAGAAAAGAAUGGUCAUCACCACUUACCUGAAACUAGAGGACUAUGCUUGUCUGAAGAGCAAACUAUCCCCACUAUUUUAAGGAGACCAAGGAUAGGGGCAGGUUACCAGCUCAUAGACAUGAUAACUGAGCCUUUUAGGCUGAUCCGUCGUUGUGAAGUGACAGCCAUACUUGUUUUGUAUGGCCUUCCUAGGUUAUUGACUGGAUCAAUCCUGGCUCAUGAAAUGAUGCAUGCAUGGCUUAGGCUUAAAGGCUAUGGCAAUUUGAGGCCAGAAGUUGAAGAGGGAAUUUGCCAAGUCUUGGCUCAUAUGUGGUUAGAUUCAGAGAUCUAUUCUGGCUCUGGGAAUGAUGGUGCAUCAUCAUCAUCGUCAUCAUCAUCUUCGUCCUCUUCAUCACCUUCAUCCUCUUCAUCAUCAAAGAAGGGUAAACGUUCUGACUUUGAGAAGAAACUUGGUGAGUAUUUCAAACACCAGAUUGAGUCAGAUAGCUCACCAGCUUAUGGAGAUGGAUUCAGAGAGGGUAACCAGGCUGUGCUUAAGUAUGGACUUAGAAGCACCCUUGACCAUAUCCGAAUGACUGGAAGUUUUCCAUAUUGAAAAAUGGUAUUUCAUCCCCUUUAGAGUGAGAAUUCACUUUAAAGACUAAGGUGAGAAAUCUCAAUUGUUGAUGAGAAAAUUAAAGAGUUAAAGUUUAACAAAUCCAUGACUUAUUAUUAUUCACUUGUGAUACCAGCCUUUCAUUUUUCAUCAAUGGUUGAGACUUUUCACUUUUCUGUCUAAAGUAAGGAUUCACUUCAGAGAAACCAAAUCCAGAAAUAUAAAUUAUAUAGGAUCUAAAGAUUGCCGAAUUAUAUAAUUUUCACACUACUCUGGACUAAAUAAGGAAUGAGAAUGCUCCUGUUAGUCCGGUUGCCAAAAUCUUUCUUUUCUAUAUGUAUUACAAAAUACCUUGUAGCAGUUGAAAUGUGCAGUGCUGCAAUUUCCAGAUAUACAUAGGCACCUCGUAUUCUACAUGUUUUACAAAAUACGUUGUAUUAGUUGAAAAUAACAGCUGAAGCAAUUACAGUAAAAUUUUGUAUAUUUUGUAUUUUUCUGA